AUGUUUUUGGGCAUGACCGAUCUUCAGAUGAAAUGCGCUGCUCUCACUCCUCCAACACGCGGCUUCUGUGCUACUGGCCCCCCUGGCGAUCCCUUAAGAGCUGAGCAUGAGCGGCUGAAUACGCUGGAGUUCCAGCAUGGUCUUGCGGUGAAUUAUGAAAGCCGAGAGGUUGUCAAGCCAAUUGAGAUAGCUACAUGGUUUCACAUCCUCCUGGGUAGUGAAGAUGAUACGAACACGGUGUCGGACGACAUGAUUGCUAACCAAGUAUCCUAUCUUCAGAACGCCUACCAGAAUGCGUCGAUAUCCUUUCGAUUGGAGGGUAUCACGCGUCAAUUUAAUGCAACAUGGUCCCGAAACGGGGAUGAAAUGGGGAUGAAGAGUGCACUCCGCGAAGGAACCUAUAGCACUCUGAAUGUUUAUUUCCACGCUGAUCUUCAAGAAUCACCACUCGGGGCGACGCGGCAUACACCAGGUAUUGAUGGUCGCCAAAUGCUUAGUUCAGGUGAAUUGUCCUCUAAUGUUCUCGGCUUUUGCACCCUGCCCGACCCGAGUAUCAAUGGCAACAGCUCUCGCACUAGUUACAUCAAAGACGGCUGCAACAUACUUGCUCAAACAAUGCCGGGUGGCCUUCUAUCCAAUUACAAUCGGGGUGGAACUGCAAUCCAUGAAAUAGGCCACUGGAAUGGUCUUUUGCAUACGUUUGAAGGAGAAUCGUGCUCCCCUGACAAUGACGGAGAUUACAUCGAGGAUACACCCCAGGAGUCUAAGCCGACAGAUGGCUGCCCCUCUCGCAAGAAUUCUUGUCCUAACCGGCCAGGAGUUGACCCGAUACAUAACUUCAUGGAUUACUCGUCCGACGAGUGCUACGAAUCUUUUACUCCAAACCAAGUGACAAGGAUGAGAAACAUGUGGUUUUCGCUGAGGCAAGCAAAGUGA